AUGCACCCGCUCAUCUCCCUUUCCGCCCUGCUGGGCUUAGCGGGCAGUUCACACGCCUUAGCCUUGGACAAAGCCGCUGCACUCGCCGACUGUUUGAGCAAGGCGAGCGUGCCGGUCGACGCCCCCGGUUCCGCGGACUACAAACUCGACGUCUCGUCUUUCAACCUUCGGCUCAACUACACGCCCGUCGCCGUUGUCGGGGUCAACACCACCAAGCAGAUUCAAGAUGCGGUCUCCUGCGCGCGGCAGCUCGGCCUCAAGGCCAAUGCGAAGUGCGGCGGACACAGCUACGCUUCGUUCGGCCUCGGCGGGGAGGACGGGCACCUGGUGAUCGAGAUGAGCAGGAUGAACAAGGUGGUCUUGGAUAACGAUACCGGCAUCGCGACGGUCGAGGGCGGCGCACGGCUCGGUCAUCUCGCGGUGGAGCUGUACACGCAGGGCAACAGGGCCAUCAGCCACGGGACCUGCCCAGGCGUUGGUGUCGGCGGACACGUGCUGCACGGCGGGUACGGUGUAAGCUCUCACACGCAUGGGCUCGCCGUGGACUGGCUGGUUGGUGCCACCGUGGUCCUCGCCAACUCGACCGUGGUCAACUGUUCAGAGACCGAGAACCGCGACCUCUUCUGGGCGCUGCGCGGCGCGGGCGGGUCCAUGGGCAUCGUGACCGAGUUCCGGUUCAAGACCUUCCAGCCGCCCGAGAACCUGACCACCUUCAUCGCGUCCGUGCAAUGGCCGACCGAGACGAGGGCCCUCGUUGGCGUCAAGGCGGUCCAGGAGUUUGCCCAGACCAUGCCGGCCGAGCUCAACAUGCGCCUGUUCAUUUCCAGAGACUUCGUGAACCUUGAGGGGCUGUACUACGGCGACAAGGCCGGGCUGCAGGCUGCUCUGGCACCGCUACUCAAGAUAACGAACGCGACGUUGGCGUACGCGCAGACGGGUACAUGGCUGGAUCAGCUGAAACAUUUCGGCGGUGGCACGAACCUCGACCAGGGACACGGCCACGUGGAGCACGAAACGUUUUACUCCACCAGCCUGUACACCCACGCGCUCGACGACAGCCAGCUGCAGAAUUUCGUCAGCUACUGGUUCACGCAGGCGAAGGCAAACAAGCGGGACUGGUACGUGCAGAUCGACCUGCACGGCGGUAACAACUCGGCCGUGGCCGCGGCGCCGGCCGACUCGACCUCGUACGCCCACCGCGACUACCUCCUGAUGUAUCUGAUGUACGACCGCGUCGACAACGGCGUGACCUACCCGGCCGAUGGCCGCUCGCUGAUGGAGAACUUCGCGAGCAACACGACGCAGGGCAUGGCGAAGGCCGACUGGGGCAUGUACGUCAACUACCCGGACUCCGGGCUCGACCAGGCGGACGCCCAGGCCAACUACUGGGGAAGCAACCUGCCCAGGUUGCAGGCCAUCAAGAAGGCGGUGGACCCGGAUGAUCUGUUUCACUAUCCGCAGGGCAUCCUGCCGGCGUAG